CAAAACUGUCACUAAAUAGAGGACAAAAUCAGGAGUUAGUGACAUCAUUCUUCAAUAGCAAUGGAACCGACGUGGGUGUUGCUCCUAGCGCGGGGAAGCGACAACGGCAGCGGUUCGGGGGACGAGGAACUGGGCGUUGGUGCCGCGUUCCUUGUUGAUGGCAUCGUUUACGCACUUGUGGGAGGCGCAGCGGGUGUCCAGCUUGUGCGCAACUGUUGCCGCUAUCGCCCGUGGACCGUUCAAAAGAUGAUUCAUCUGCUCAUGUUCUUCGCGACACUCGUCCGCUCGAUUUUCCUAGCGUUAGUGGGCUCUGACUGGUGCGACGUGCUGAGUGGGAAGGUCAAUGUAUCCAAGUGCUCUACAGGCGAGCGAGACCUGUUCUACAUCUUGGACCAAGUGCCAAUUAUGGCAUUCUUUGCGAUCUAUGCGCUGUUGGUUCAAUUUUGGGCGGAGGUGUACUACAACGCUGUGGAUAAGCUAUCGACACUGACGGACGUGGUGAAGCCUGCGAUCCGAUGGUUCAUCGUGAUUGUGCUGCUCAUUCAAGGAUUGUUUUGGGUGUUCUACGCGUCUGUGUGGCGUCACGAACGUGCCUUCUUUACCCGAUCACAAGCAAUCUUGAACAUGGAGCUCUUCUUGAUUAUCGCCACCGGCUUUAUCUACUUUGGACGGAACGCUUACAUUGAACUGCGAUCUGUACCGGUGGAGCUUGGCAUUCGAUCAAGAAAGCUCAAGGAGCUUGCGAUCAUGACAUCGGUCGGCACGUCCUGCUUCAUGACUCGUUGCGGACUGCAAAUCUAUUUGUCCACGGAAAAGAAGCAGCUGCAUGACCGCAGUACGUGGUUUGUAGUCGUGGUGUACUACGCGCUGUUGGAAGUUGUGCCGGCGCUGUCGGUAUUGUACUUUAACCGACGACUUCCUCCUCGUAGAAGACCUGGUGGUCUCUCCGCAACUUCGAGUCCCAUUCGAGGUGGCAGACUGUUCUUUGGCAAGGGCAUGGGCGCUGAUAACGCAUCCGAUGGAGGAGAUCCGUUGAGAAAAAGUUUGCUUCGAGGAUAAGUACGGCACUUUUGGUAAACGAUUUAAAGGUGUUGAUUUUUUGUAUGGAGAUUAAUAACAUCCCAACCAUUUUAACUGUGUCGUGAGAAAUGUUGUGACCACAUUCAAGGGAGA